CCUUGUUUCAGAUUACGCCCUCCAAUGAAUGUUAUAAAUUUUAACGUUAUUAAUAACGAACGCCUGAAGUAAUUCAAAGAGCAUUCAUUAAAAUAAUUAACGGAAUGAUUGCCCUUCAAUACUUCGUUUAUAACGUCUCCGGGGACCCCUUGGAAGAUAAUUUCACAUUCAUUUUCAACUCGAGUUUCUUCGAGGAGACAGCCUGCGAAGCGACUCAAACUUUCCUCUUUAACACAAGUUUGGGAAUCGAAACCGCUGUUACAGAAUGGGAAGCGCUAACUACUAUCAUCGUAUUGUCUGCUGUUAUUCUAGGAACCAUCUUUGGAAAUAUUUUAGUUAUACUAGGUGUAUUCACCCACAAACCGUUACGGAUAGUGCCAAACUUUUUCAUAGUGUCACUAGCUGUAGCAGAUUUGGCUGUCGCGGUGUUGGUGAUGCCUUUGAACGUGGCAUAUUCGACUCUCGGUCGCUGGCUCUGGGGCAAACACUUGUGCAAGAUGUGGCUCACUUGUGACAUCAUGAGCUGCACCUCAUCCAUACUAAACUUAUGUGCCAUAGCACUAGACCGAUACUGGGCGAUCACAGACCCUAUAAAUUAUGCCAACAAAAGGACAUUGAGAAGAGUACUGUCACAAAUUGCUGGAGUGUGGAUGUUGUCUCUUAUCAUAAGCUCACCGCCCCUGCUCGGAUGGAACGAUUGGCCAGAGGAAUUUACAAAAGAUACGCCCUGUCAAUUAACAUCAGAGCCCGGUUACGUAGUUUAUUCGGCACUUGGCUCAUUCUUCAUUCCACUAGUAAUAAUGACGAUAGUGUAUAUACAAAUUUACAUCGCUGCAAGGCAAAGAUUUAGGAGGCGCACAUUGGCCACAAGAAUAUACAAAAAACGACCAGUAAUACACGUAGAGAACAAAGAGGAAAGUCAGGAAACUAAAGAAGAAUCGGAAAAUGAUUCUGACAGUGGAGAGAGUAUUAAUAAAAAUCAGAGGAAAGCCUUCAAUGACAUUAAGAGAAACUUUUUUGUGCCUCUGCUUUUGCUUCACGAUCCGCUUGCCAGGCAAAAACUUGAGGCAGAUAUAAACGAUCAGCAUCCAAAACUGUCGCCUGGUAGUUGUGGAAGUGUAAAGAAGAGUUCAUCAUUUAAAAAUACAAACCAGAAAAAGAGAAGACAUGAAAAGCCUUUACUUGCAAGCGUUAGUAACAGCGGAGACGUGGUCCACCAGUUUAUAGAGCAGAAACAAAAGAUUUCAUUAUCAAAGGAGCGAAGGGCAGCACGGACACUGGGCAUUAUAAUGGGCGUAUUUGUAAUUUGUUGGCUUCCCUUUUUCCUUAUGUACGUGAUUUUGCCUUUUUGCCGUGUCUGUUGCCCGACCAACAAGUUAAUUAACUUUAUCACGUGGCUAGGGUAUGUGAACUCUACAGUGAAUCCUAUAAUCUACACCAUUUUUAAUUUAGACUUCAGGAAAGCUUUCAAAAAGUUGCUGGGAAUGAAUGCAUAAUGAAGUAGAGAGUUAAAGUAGAGGUUCAUUAC